AUGGCGAUUGGCCCCUUAGGACGAAUCGUCGUUCAAUUCGUCGCAGUUGCAGGGGCCUCUCUCGGCCGAGCGGUGCUGCAGGCGUACAAGGAUGCAGCGCGGCAAGGUGCUGCUUCAGCAGCAGGAGGAGCAGCAGGAAGAAGAGUUGGUUGCGGCAGUGCAGCAGCAGCAGGAGGUUUAUCUCUGCGGCCGCGUAUGAGUGCAGAUGAAGCAAGAAAGAUAUUAGGCUUCGGCGGUGCUUGCGAACAAACGCCUCUCGAAGCAGACGAACAGCUGCUUAUACGGCUCCAACCUGCAGCAGCAGCAGCAGCAGCAGCUGCUGCUGCUGCUGCUGCUGCACAAACAACUGCUGAUGCUCGAAUUGCAGCAGAAGGAAAUGCAGGCACAUGCGACCAAGUCGUGUUCACUGCACACAGCACCAGCAGCAGCAACAACAACAGCAACAGCAGCAGCAGCAGCAACAGCAGCAACAGCAACGUCAGCCCGGAGUUGCUGGUUGGGUUGGUGGAGUUAUUGACUGCGACGACUGUGGCGGUGGUGUUACCCCACAGCUCACCUCGACGCGUUCGGGAGUGGCUUCCAUUCGAAGCUGCUUACAGCAUGCAGCAGCAGCAGCAGCAGCAGCAGCAGCAGCAGCAGGAGGGGGGUUAUAGGCAGCGCGGCAGUUGGUUCUGCGCAGUCGCCGCAAUUGCGGCGAUUGAUUGA